GCCUGAGCGCCGUUCAUCUUUGAGCCCCCGUAUUUAGGUGUCCGGGAGCACACGGCGAAUCAGCUGAGACUCAGUCCAGGCCCCACGGGGAAACCGUGCACCCCGCGCUGCCCUGCCGAGCUCAAGGCGGGUGCGCCCCGUCGUGGUCGGCCGCUCUGCGACCAGGCCCGCCAAAAACCUCAGCCUGUCUCCGCCCCUCGCCUCGACGUCCCCGGCGAUUGGCGGAUUAGACAUAACUGACCGCUCCCUCGGCCACUCAGGACUAGGGAGCUUGUUAAGUUCCGGGUCCCCGAGACACCAAGGACCUGCUGGCAGCUGUAGCUUUUCCCUCAGUUAAUAUGGCUGCGGGCCGCUAGGCCUUCGCUCCGGCAGCGGUGGGCAAGGGCAGGCAGGGCACACCGGGAGGCUUUGCCGACGUCCCGCCAGCGAUGGCGCUCCAGCCGCGGUUCUGGAAGGGCCUGUCUGUUGGCAGGAACCUGGAGCGUGGGCUCGCAGCCCUCUCAACCAGUUCCACGCCCGCGGUUCAGCCCGAAGCGGAGACGAAGGAAAACGAGGCUGUGGCCCCCGAGUUCAUCAACCGGAACCCUCGGAAUCUGGAGCUCUUAGGUGUAGCCAGGAAAGAACGGGGCUGGGCUACAGUGUGGCCCAGCCGGGAGUUCUGGCACAGGUUGCGAGUUAUAAAGACUCAGCAUCACGUAGAAGCACUGGUUGAACACCAAAACGGCCAGGUGGUGGUUUCGGCAUCUACUCGUGAAUGGGCUAUUAAAAAACACCUUUACAACACCAGAAACGUGGUGGCUUGUGAGAGCAUAGGACGUGUGUUGGCACGGCGCUGCCUAGAAGCAGGAAUCAACUUCAUGGUCUACCAGCCAACCCCUUGGGAGGCAUCCUCAGACUCGAUAAAGUGUUUACAGAAUGCCAUGACAGAGGGCGGUGUGGUGCUUCAGGAACCUCGGAGAAUCUAUGAAUGAAGUAGAAGCAUGAACUGCUUUGAAAGAAUAAACAUAAGACCAUCAGCUACUUGAGCCGUCCAAAGAAAGCAUCUGCCUCUGAAAACAGAGAGAAAAGCAUUUGGAAGGAAAACCAGACUGAAAGCUUCAUAGCUAUAAUGUAACAGUGGAAAAUUUUUUAAAGUGAGCCUCUUCCCACUUUGUGCUUGUGUGGUUUUGUUUUAAUCGAGGACUAAACUUGCCCUCUUUCGUGGACAUCAGUACUUAAAAGCAGUUACACCCAUUUGAAGAGCAAAUUAAAACGUUCAUAACGAACUCUG